AUGGCUACCGCAUCGAAUCCUCAGUCCCCCACCGACCCCGAUCCCCUUUCUCCUAACCUUAGUACCCGGCCCGUGUCAUACAUCUCCUCGCAUAUGACGGAUAUACCAUCUGAAGAUGGCGACCCCCGGCCUCAAAGUCCUCCCGCACGAUCUCAAAGGUCUGCAUCCCGUCGUGGGCGUUUGGCUAGGCAUUCGAUAUCAGCCGCGUCGAACCAUGGAAGUGGCCCCGCUCUCAGUGCUGGGAACCGAAUAAGCAGAACACACGUUCCAUCCCUAACUUCGCAUGCCUUCUUUCGUCCGAUGAGCUCCCAAAGGCUUCAGAUGCAACGCGCCGGGCGGCCUCCAACCGGAACGACGCAAGUUAUGCCGAGUGAAGACGGUCAGAGCGAUGUUGCUUCAAACCCAAUUCGAAGGAGUCUGAUAUCCAAUUCAGUGAUACCUGGACUUAGCGGGCUGGAUUAUGACCUUCCACCGCCGUCCAGGGGAACAGAAUUCACGGACCCAAUGCUCCUCGACCGGGGAACUUCCACUGCAAGUCCCACAGGCAAUACAACUGUAAGAAGCGGAGGGGAUAGCGUUCGGCUUCUACAUGAUCGGUCUCGUGGAAUGGCUCCAACUCAUCUGAAUCUAAACAGCAUUCAUAAACAAAGCGGAAACGCGGACCCUCCUCAGCGAUCACCUCUUUCGUUCCGCUCCGGCUUUCUCAAGGGAAACAAGAAUGAGCAAUCAGAGCGUCUUGAUUCAAGAGGCCACGAAAGGCUGUCAUCGGCUGCUUCCUCUCCGGCUUCAAACGGCUUAAAGCCUGACAAACCAACAUUUACAAACGACCUUGGGCAAAAUUACGAAUACUUUACUGGAAACACGAUUUUCUUCUGGGGCGGCCGCUUUCAAAAUGCUCGCGAUCGGCCUGUGAACAUAGCAACAGGGAUAUUUGUGGCAUUGCCUGGAGCGUUAUUCUUCGCUUAUUCGGCCCCAUGGCUAUGGCAUAAUAUAUCACCUGCCAUCCCAAUACUGUUCGCUUACGUCUUCUUCAUCUUUCCACGAAACUUGCAUGUCUUCCCUCCCACCGAUCCUGCCGAGGAUCCUUUGAUUCUUGGACCCCCAACAAAUGAUUGGGUCAUGGUCAAACUCGCUACAUCCGAGAUGGCUGCUAUGGAUGUACCGGUCAAGUACUGCAGAACCUGUAAUCUUUGGCGCCCUCCUCGGUGCUACCACUGCCGCACCUGUGACAACUGUAUUGAAACGCUGGAUCACCACUGUGUUUGGCUCAACAAUUGCGUUGGACGCCGUAACUACCGAUAUUUUUUCGCAUUCGUCAGCUCAGCUACAAUCUGUGCGGCUUUUCUGCUGGGUGCCAGCUUAACGCACGUCCUUGUCUAUCAGAGCCGCGAGGGAAUCAGUUUCCGACAAUCGAUCGAUAAGUGGAGGGUGCCAUUUGCGAUGGUCAUUUAUGCAGCAAUUGCCCUUCCCUACCCGGCUGCCCUCUGGGGCUAUCAUCUCUUCUUGAUGGGAAGAGGUGAGACAACAAGAGAAUAUCUGAACUCGCAUAAAUUUAGAAAGGCCGAUCGUCACCGACCUUUCACUCAAGGAAACUUUUUCAAGAAUUGGAUUGCCAUUCUUGGGAAACCUCGGUCCCCAAGCUAUGUGGAGUUCAAGAAAGCAUUUGUGGAAGGUGACCAGCGGUUUGCUACACAUAAAGUGAAGCACCGGCGUCGUGAUUUAGAAGCACAAACCGGAGAUCUGGAGAUGAACCGUGUAAAGGGUGCGCAGCCUACUUUUGAAGGCCCCAGAGGUAGAGGACCUCUACCUAAUGCGCAACAGGCCGCUUGA